CGUUGUGACCACUAAAAAGUGGAAAGUGUGGUGAGAGAGCUUCCCCGUUUACUCAGGCCAUGCCCUUAAACUCUUAUCAGUGGGAAGUUGCACAACAGAACAACAACAGAAUCUACAAGAAGGGGAGAUAGUCUCAGUUGGGACAGGCAUCUGAUGGCUGAUUGGAUGUGAUACAUUUGUAGGACUAGCCGUGGGAGAUUGACAAUGGGAGGCACUCUGGCAAGCCAAAGAACCUUGGAGGAUUUCAGUCAAACACGUACUAAUGAAGACCUUCCACCAAGAGUGGAUGAGAAUGACAUGGCAUUAGUGUUGGAUAACUACCCUCCUCCUGAUAUCUGCGAGCCCAUAUUUCGAAUGGGAGAUUGGCUGAAAAUAGUCUCAGAAGAAGGUUACUGGUGGAAGGUCUACUCAGUCAACACUAAGGAAGUGAACUAUAUACCACACUGUCAUGCCACAAAAGUCUACCAUGGCUGGCUGUUUGAAACCGUGACCAGACCAAAAGCUGAGGAACUCCUUCGACUCCCAGCAAACCGAGUGGGGUCGUUCUUGAUCAGAGAGAGCACAAAAGGUUCGUACUCCUUAUCUGUGCGCCACAGAACUAUUAAGCAUUAUCAAAUAGUUAGAAUGCCAAACAACUGGUAUUACAUCUCUCCACGUCUCACAUUUCAAUGUCUGGAAGAUUUGGUCAACCACUACUCUGAUAUAGCAGACGGACUGUGCUGUGUUCUAACUGGCCCAUGCUUGAUCAGCUGUGAAACACCUCUGAGUGAGCUCACCAAAACACCAGAAGGGAGAAAAUUAUCUUUUGACUGGAGAGCAGUGAACAGCUCGGAGCUCGUCCGCCAGAGCACAAGCCCUUCAGCGGUCAGCUAUGGGGUUCAGAACAGUGUCUCUUCCUACCUGUCUUUGCUGGGACAACAAGAGAAACCAGCGAAGAAGAAGUUUAGUUUGAAGAAGAGAUGGAAGUCUGUCUACAUGAUGCAAAACCACCAGCUUGACAGUUUGGCCACUGUGGAAGACAACUAUGAGGAGGUGCCUUUAUAGACCACAUCGGAUUCAUUCCAGGAGCUCAAAAGCUGAUUUAGGGGUGGGGGAGCAUAAAGUAUCAUUAUAUGUGGAUGAUUUAUUACUAUACAUUUCCAACCCAUCUAAAUCUAUUCCUGCAAUAAUUUCCACUUUAAAGAAAUUUGGACAAAUUUCAGGGUAUAAACUUAAUAUAGGGAAAAGUUAAAUUAACGAUUAGCUGAUCAACAAUCUUUUGAAACACUGCCCUUUAAAACAAAAACAAAAAAAUAUAUUUGUAGAUAAUGAUAAUUUCUCAAAAUUACUUGAUCAAACAAUACAGGAUGUACGGAGAUGGUCUCAUAUCUCAUUAGCAGGAAAAAAAUUAUUUUAUCAAAAUAAAAAAAAAAAUUCUCCAAAAAUCAAGAAAAGUUUUUCCCUUAGUCUUGAUUAUGAAAAUUAUUUCAGAAUUUAUUUGGGAUACAAAGAUACCUAGAAUAAGGAAGGCAUUUUUACAGAGACCCAAAUCAAAAGGAGGAAUGGGACUUCCAAACUU